CACGUCCUCUACGAUAAAAAAACUCCUCAUAAACGCCAAUGUAUCGCGCUCUGACAAUUUGCAAACCUGUCCCAUAGCCCGAUUUCGGAAUAAUCAAACCAUUUAUCAGCGCGAUUGGACCUAGACUACAUCGAUCGCCGACACCCAUAACCUUAAAACAACAUUUGACGCGCUUAAUUAAGCAAUGGGACACUGGCAACGUUUCGCCAAACCCCCACACCUUAUAAAAACUUCUAUCGAGAAAUAGAAAUCGAAUUCAGAGAAUGGGACAGACUUCUUGAACCAAUAUUCUACAAAUAUGAUUCACUGUUUGAAACAUAUAGAUGCUAGAUGUUAAGCGAGCGCAGCGUUACUGACAUAGAUGGCUAAGAUCGAAUGAAGUGAUUACUACAGGGGAAUUCUAUUGGCGCGUUCACCGUUUUGAUUUCCGUCAAAUUUAAAUACAGUGCAACUUUAAUAUUGGACAUCGCACAUCCUCUUAAGACGUGGUAUCAGGGAAUUGCACCACCAUUUCCUCGAUUUUCUACUAAUAUUUGACAGACAAACUCACUUAUUAAGGGAACAAUGAAAAAAUUAAAACAUCAGCAGGUCAACCCUGAAAGCCUUUGGACAGCGGGGGCAGGACUCACCUGGGUUGUUCUCAAAACUUGAAGAGAUUUGAAGGAGGAUAGAAAGCGGAGUCAAGGGCGAAGAGGACGAGUAGAACCGCACCAAAGUGUACGGAGUGGGUGAGGUGGUCGAGGGUGCUGCUCUCUGCCGGCAUAUUCGCGAAGUCCACCCUUACCCCUUCCGUUCUCACCAUCACCACCACUCGCUCCUCUCCCCUUGCCUUACUGAAUUCUUCUCUGCAUGAGAUUGGUUCUGUAAACUCUUACCUCAGUGAAAGGUUUUGGACCGGGAGGUUGAAUGUCUACAUGAUGUGAUUGACAAGAUGUGGAUGGAUUUGUCACUUCUAUUUUCUACCCUUAAAAGCAUUAGAUUGUGACGUUGACAGCUACUUUUUCCUGAACAUUGGGAAACAUUUUUCUCAGCAUGUCGAGAAAGAGAUCUCACUCAACAAGCUCAAGCGAUUCCAGUUCCUCCAGUAGUUCAUCUUCAUCAUCAUGCAGUGAAACUCGUAAGAGAAGAAAGAGUUGGGAAAGGAGUCGUAGUAAGCAAAAGUCAGAAGAAAAUAAGUCAAAUGAUAAAAGUGCUUUGAGGAAAGAGAGCAAAAGUAGAAAGAGAAGAGACAGCAGUAGUAGCUCUUCAUCAUCAGACUCUGAUAGCAAUAGGAAAAGAAAAGAAAAGAAAAAGCUGAAAAAGGAGAAGAAACGCAUGAAAAAGAAACUUAAAAAAGAAAAGAAAAAGAUUAAAAAAGCAGCAAAAAAGGCGAAAAAACAUGCAAGGAAGAAGGAGACUACAGCUGGGUCGUCUUCUUCUUUGGUUUCUACAUCUUUGCCAGAUCCUGCAACAGGAUCAGGAACUAUCACACUAUCACUUCCGCCAGGACCUGCUCCAGGGCCCCCAAUCCCAGAACUGUCUGACAGGGCCAAAGCAAUGAAGCCUAUGACCAAAGAUGAAUGGGAUAAGCGGCAGCAAGUGAUACGCAAAGUAUAUGAUGAGGAGACUGGACGACAUAGACUAAUUAAGGGAGAUGGAGAGGUUCUUGAAGAAAUUGUUUCAAGAGACCGCCACAGAGAAAUUAACAAGCAAGCAACAAAAGGUGAUGGGACUUUUUUCCAAAGCCAGAUGUCUGCAAAGAUCUCAAGAUAAUUAUUAAUAUUAGCUGUAUUGAUCUGUUAUAAGCUACGUAUGUAAAAGUAUAUACAUGCAGUAUUUGAUUAAUUUUUUUUCAUUACACUCUUAUUUAGUUUGGAAAGUUUUGGAAUGGAAAUAUGUUUUUGAAAUGUGUUACAAGGAUAAAUAAAGUUCACACAUUUUCAAAAUUAA